AUGGAGGAGUCCAAGGACAUCGCUGAGACACCCCUCCUGGUCCUGGAGAAGACAGAAUCAGAGGAGAACCCCACCAGAACACAUGCCGUUCCGACCCCAGUGGAGCCUGUGGCUGCAUUCAAGCGAUGGGUGAGCAGCUUUCGUCCGAAGAAGAAUUUCCCCCUUCUGGGUCCCGGCAGAUACGUCAACGGCUGGCCCGAGCAGUAUCUAUAUGACAAGAUGGACUACGGCUCUGAACUUGCGGCCCUGCAUGAGGUCCAAGAGAUUGAUGAGAAACAGUGGGAAUCCUUAUCGGGUCAUUCAUCUCAUCUAGGAACCGUCAAGACGUCUACCCUGAGCAUUGCCAGUCAAAGUGCCAUGAGGUCGAGAGGGACUACACAGAGCACGGCAAAUCACAGUAUCAGAUCGGAUGUCCGCGAAUCUUUAGACAGCAUAAGGCCUACUUCAAGUUUUUCCAUCGACGAGGAGGCUCAGCAUCGCGCGAUCAAGAGGCGCCGCGUCCUCCGAGAGCUGAUCACAACCGAGUGUGACUAUGUUUUCGGGCUGAAAGCGCUUGCAGAUGCGCUGUUUAUCUUCUCCGUGAGACCAGAAAUCUACUGCAACGUUCAACAAAUCCGCGACACGCAUGAGGAUUUCCUAGCACAAAUUCGGAAGCUGACGCCAAUUUCGAAUCUUGCCGGAGCCGAGUUUGAUAGUUUGAUGCCACAGGGGUUCCACAAGCGUUUGAGUGCGAUUGACUUUGGCUUUAAGGCCUUUCAGAAUAGAUCCUUGCGAUCACGGAACUUCAGAGCUUCUGUAGAGUCUCGCCUCAAAGCGCUGGCUGCAGAGGCUAAAGAGGCUUUGCAAGUCGCACGGGAGGUUGGGAACUUGGCCAAGUCUUUCGCGGCCUACAAAGUGUUCUGUAAGAACUAUGGCUUACUCACCGUGGAUGUCACCCUUCUCCGCCAAUCGAUACCGAACUGGCGUAUAUUCGAUCAGGGAAUAGAAGCUCUCUCGAAGUCUGUCGCAUCGAUGGAGAGGCAGACACAGGAAGAAAACAAGGCAAUGUCGUUGAAUGACCUGCUUAUAAAGCCAGUCCAGCGCCUGUGCAAGUACCCUCUACUGCUCGAGGAGUUACUAAAGUGGACGCACAUCCAAGAUGAUCCUUCUGCUCAUGAUGGUAUCAGACAGGUUCUGGAGACUGUCCGUGCCGUGGUGUGCGAAGUUAAUCAAGUGACCGACAACCCUAUCAACAAAGCACUAGUGGAUAAGACUCUCGUGCUACAAACUAUGCUGGACUUUUCGGCAUCGAAUGUGAUCUACGACAUCUACAGACAGCUAGGACCUCUCACCCUGUGCGGCGUCCUCCACGUCACAUAUCAAACCCCCAAGAGCAUAGAAAAUGGCUACAUGGUCUGCAUUAUGUUUGGUUAUCAUCUUCUCAUUGCCAAAAUAAACGAUGACUACCGAAAGCUGCUACCAGUAGCGUGUUUGUAUGUCUCGGACAUGAAGAUCGAUUCCCCGAGAAACGGUGAAGGUGAGUACAUUUGGAGGGGGUUAUGUAUUUUACUAAAGUCUGCUCCAGGCCUUCAAUGCUACGAGUGCUUGUUCUCCUGGAAGACUGUUUUCCAGUAUCACGACAAGUAUUACGAGUUGGUGCUUAGCGCUUCGUCCGCGUGCGAGGAAAAGAAAUGGAAGACUGAGAUACUCAAGUCUGCCGCUGCAUCGACAAAUAUGCAGAAGACCGUGUCAGCCAAGCUGAAGGCGUACUCGUUCUUGACCCUGGAACUGAUUCCGCUGACUGGCGUAGCCGGGUUGACGCCUUGUUUGCCUCGUCGGCCGUCUAUGCAGGCAUUGGCCACCUCACGGGCCCAGGUCGAUUCACAAAAUAUCGUGAUCAAGAAUACCCACUGUCCACAUAGAUAUCGGAUCUCCGGUCCAGUGGGUGGUGAAAUCGAACGACCAAAAACGCCUAUCUCCUGCUCUGCGUUCAUCCUGACCGCCCACAGGCAAGACCGGAUUCGACUGGAACGUGCUAUAUCGUCCGUUUACACGAGGGACGUAUUGCCGUAUCCAGGCAUGACUUUGGCAGCGGGUGAUAUUAUCAAAAGACACUUGAGUCUCCGGCCAGGGCUAUACCGACGCUCUAGCUCCGUGAGCCUGCGAACUAACGGGACUUCCAGUGUGGCUUCCACCGGGGCUACUCGCGUUGGAGUCAAUAAACUAACAAAGAACAACGAGAAACAGGCGCGGAAUGUGUCAAAGACCAAGCCAGCAUCCCCUGGGCAGGAGAAGGGGCCCGACCUGCCGCGCCAUGGCAAGGUGACAACAAUCAGACGAUCUAAGACAUGGAAAGGCAAGGGAGGACACAAGCCGACCAUGGAGGUUGAUACCACACCGAUCAGCAAAGGGAGCAAAGGCCAUGAGUCUCCUGAAUACUGCACAAUGAAGGCAUCCACUAUCCGGAGGAUGUUCAAUUCCAUGUCGUCAAGGCGACCGAAAAGGCAUGGUCGCAUGGGGCUGGGAAGUGGAGCCUCGUGAGGGGAAUGAUGCAACCCAUUAUUGAUUAAUAUUGAGACUGCCUGCGUUAUUGCAUCAGGGGAUAUGCGGUUAAGGACAGGUGUGCUGAAGUAUGGAAUACUUGCAGAAGUUUGCAAAAGUGUUCUUGUGGAUUCGUGCUGAUUCGACGACGGUGGGGGGUAGCGAGUUUGAUCGGAUGGAAGCGAGACGUAACUAGUAGCAUUAGCGAGCCAGAAUGCCAGACAACAAUAAUAGAAUGAUGAUGAUGAUGACGAUGAGGGAAUUGAAUUCCACCGUAGGUCGCCAUGUUUCUCCACAUCUCCACCGGGUGUGCCAGAAGGGGGGAGUUGAAGCUCGCAGCUUUCUCGGCGCGCAUCGGUCGAUGGAAACCGAUGACGUCGUCGUGC